AUGACGAGCUCCAUGACAAUGACAAUGUCCGACAUGGAGAGUAUGACUAUGUCGACGGCCUCCAGUACGGCAGCUGCGGCUACGGCGACGUCGACAGCAAUGAGCAUGAGUAUGGGAGACAGUUCCUCUUGCAAGAUCUCGAUGCUGUGGAACUGGUACACCAUCGACGCGUGCUUUCUUGCGCAAAGCUGGCAUAUCACAACUAAAGGCGCAUUUGCUGCUUCUUGCAUAGGCGUCAUGCUCCUCGUCGUCAGCCUGGAGCUCCUGCGACGAGUCGGCAAGGAGUACGACACGUUCAUCCUGCGUCAAUUUCAGCGUAACAUCGCCCUUGACGGAGCAAAUCUCAAGGGUCAAGACAACUCGGGCUCCUGUCAAUCUGGGCCGCAGAUUGUCACCUUCCGAGCAUCGCCGCUUCAGCAGCUCGUCCGUUCCGUGAUACAUGCCAUGACUUUCGGGUUAGCAUACAUCAUCAUGCUGUUAGCGAUGUACUUCAACGGGUUCAUCAUCAUCUGCAUCUUCAUCGGCGCGUUUUUGGGCAAGUUUCUUUGUGAUUGGAUGGUGCAGCGCGUGCCCAUGGGAGGUCUGCUGGAGCAGUCAGGCUCUCAGGCACUGGAGGAGCCUAGUGUUUGCUGCGGCUAGACUGUACAGUGAAUAUCGUUCAGGUCUUUGAGGUGACGGAGAAAGAGGAUUGAGAGAUGCAAAGUCGAAAUCCCUCAUAGCUGGACGUCGGCUGGAGUUCGGCAAAUCACCAUACUGUCAGGUAGUUCAAUACGAGAAUUGGAAAUCUUUGCU